AUGGAGGGUAUUCGCCCAAAAAGGCAGUCGAUCCUCAUUGGACAACGCUCACUUGACGUCUAUGGAGAGCAGGACAAAGGACCAAAAUUUGUCAUCUGGAUUAUUGACAAAUUCCGCAAAUGGGGAUUCUUUAUCGCUCGGUGGCCAUGGACUGCUAUCGUUAUCUGUCUCAUCAUCUCAGGAUUGGCGAUGGUGAAAAUUCUGCUUACUCCUCAACGAAACGAAAUCACUGGGUAUACGCCAUAUGGUGCCCGAGCGAAGGACGAGUUCCAGGAGUAUCAGGAUUUCUUUUCAUCUAAAGGAUUACCGGUCGCCCCGUAUCUCUUUGUAGUUGCAAAGGACAAUGGCAGUAUGAUACGGCCGGAUUACAUGCGUGAAACGGUCAAAAUAUUAAAUUAUGCGAUGAAUAAUAUUACAAUGUUGAAUCGGAUCACUGGACAAAAUGAGAGCUUUAAUCACUUUUGUGACAGCUUCUGUCAACUUAACGAACCAAUCCGACAAUUUUAC